UCUCAUUAUUAUCUUUAACGACGCCCAUCGCCUGCGUAUAACAAGAAACCGAACGAUAUAUUACACGUCAUCACAAAGCUAAUGUUCCACUCCGGCCGAAACGAAAAAUAGCAAAAUAUUAUUACCAACGCCUGCUGAGUCGACGUACCCACUACCCAUCAUCGCGCACACUGUUAUUAUUCAUCACUAUUAUUAUACUCCUCCGAUCUUGUGAGUCUUGUGCCUCAGUUGGACAUCGACGUCGAGCGGACAAAGAUUCUACGGAUACUCGCCGUCGCGACAACAAUAUGCGAAUCUAAAAUAAAAAUACAAAUUAAAUACCUAUAACAGUACCUACCAGUACACGAAACACCCAUAAAAAUAUAAAUUAAUUUCGUCAUGCUCGCUGCCCUGUCGCGGCUACUGCCGCUGUUGCUGCUGUUGCUGCUGCCCGCGGCCGCGAUCGCCGCGAACAUAUUGGUGUUCAUGCCCAUGCCUCUGAAAAGCCACUUCGGAGGGUUCCAACCUAUGUUCGAGGAGUUGGCAAACCGGGGCCACAACGUCACCGUGGUCAGCUCGUUCCCGCUGGCCAACCGACGAGUCCCGAAUUACACUGACGUGAACGUGACCCCCCAGCAAGGUCUUCCCGACAUUGACGUGAUGCGGGUGAUCGACAUAAAUUUUGUGACGGCACUGACUUACAGAUGGUUUUUCGGCCGUCUCUUGUCGGCCCAAAUGGAGCACCCGAAUAUGAUCGACUUCGUGCGGUCGGAGGACAACUCUUUCGAUUUGGUCAUGGUCGAAACGUUCCUGCAGGAAUACACCGUGUCCAUCGGUCAUAAGUUCAACGCUCCUGUCGUCAACUUGUCACCGGCAAUGGUCUGGGUCAGCGCCAGCAAAUGGCUGCAUUUACCUGCGACAUUUUCGUAUGUGCCGGAUUGCUGCAUAGGCGUCACAGACGAGAUGAGUUUCACGGAGCGUUUGAAGAACACCAUCACCGGACUUAUAGAAAUGGUCGUGGAGGACUACCUGUACAUACCGAUGAUGAAGUCGGUAAUGAGUAAGCACUUGGCCUAUGUAGGUUGGGAGUCGAGGCCGACGCUCGAGCAGAUGUUGAAUAACGUGUCGCUAACGCUGAUGAACGCUCACCAUGUGACCGGAGUGUGUCGACCGUAUUUACAGGGCGUCGUCGAAGUAGGAGGAAUGCAUAUUAAAGAACCUAAAUCGUUACCCAAAGAUUUACAAGAAUAUAUUGAUUCAGCUUAAAACGGAGUCAUAUUUUUUUCUUUUGGUUCAAUCGUAAAUUUAUCGAGUUUACCUAAAGAAAAAUUGAAUAGUUUUCUCAAUGUCUUCAGUCGUUUAAAACAAAAAGUAAUUAUAAAAUGGGUGCCAGAUAGAAGUAUGAAAUUGCCCCAAAAUGUAAAGGUCGGAUCGUGGUUGCCUCAGAACGAUAUUUUAGCUCAUCCAAACGUGAAACUUUUUAUUACUCAUGGGGGUUUGCACAGUAUCGAGGAAGCUGUGUACAAUGCAAAACCGGUGAUUGGCAUACCAUUUUUUGGUGAUCAAUUUUCGAAUAUGAGACUGGUAGAGAAAAUUGGCUAUGGAAAGCUGAUAACUUUUGAUCAACUAACAGAAGAAUCAUUUGGAAAUGCAGUUGAAGAAGUGAUAACAAAUCCAGCGUUUAAAGAUAAGGCAAUGAUCCAGAGUCGGAUGUACAGAGAUCAAUCGAUGAAACCUUUAGAUCGAGCAAUAUACUGGAUAGAGUACGUCAUUCGGAACGAUGGAGCUCAAUACCUAAAAGCUGGUUCUAUAGGACUUAACACUGCACAGUAUUUUUUGUUUGAUGUCACAUUGUUUUUACUUUUACUGACAGCAAUUAUUGUUUGGUUGGGUUACCGUGGAAUAGUUAAAGUUUCAUCAAAAUGUAAAGUAGACUAAAUGU